CCAAAAUGAAUUCACCUAACACACCUAAUCAAAUAAUAAAUAAUUAAUUUGCAUUAAAGAAAAAAUUAUUAGCUGGAUCAUAUGGUAUCGUUUUUGAAGCUGAAGAUUUAUUCAAAAAAUAGAUGGUUGCCGUUAAAAUUGAGAAAAAAGAAAAAAAUACAACACUUGAUCGUGAAAUACAUAUUCUUACAAGAUUAUAAGGUACAUAAGGAGUUCCAAAGUUAAUAUGGAGUGGAAUAAAUAAUAAUUCCACCAAUGUUCUUGUUCAAUAAUUGCUAACAAAGGAUAUUGGUGUAUAUUUACAAGAAUAUCGAAAAUUUUCAUUAAAAACUGUUCUAAUUAUAACUGAUUACUUAUUACAAGUAAUAAGAAGAAUUCAUAAUAAAUCAGUUGUUCAUAGAGAUUUAAAACCUGAAAAUAUCAUGUAUCAUUAAAAACAAAUCUAUAUUGUUGAUUUUGGUAUAAGCAAGCUCUAUCGAGAUAAUAACUUAAAACAUAUGUAAAAAUUUUGUAUAAAAAAAAUAGACAAUUUAAAGAAGGUCGAUCAUUUGUAGGAACCACUAGAUAUGCUUCAAUAGCAGCUCAUAAAGGUUAGGAACUUGGAAGAAAGGACGAUCUUGAAUCUUUGAUUUAUAUAGAUAUUCUAUUGUUAAAAGGGUUAUAUCAACUUAUUUAUUUAGAAUAAAGAACUUUGCCAUGGUAGAAUAUGUUAGGUUAAAAUAACAAAGAAAGAUAAAAAUAAGUUGGUGAAAAGAAAAUGAAAAUGACUCCUACAGAAAUUUGCGGUGAUUUACCAAUUGAAUUUUAAAAGGCUUUAGAGUAAUCAUAUAUAAUAAUUCAAAGUUAUAUUAGAUCUUUGUAAUACUAAAGUGAUCCAGAUUAUGAUUAUUUAAUUUAACUAUUCAGAAAAUUAGCAUAAUCUAGAAAAAUUGAAUAUGACGAUAUUUAUGACUGGACUUAAUAGACAAAAUAAACUACACCCGAUAAUUAACAAUAAGAAAUUGCUAUUAAAUAAAUUGCUUCUUUAUAAUAAUUCGAAAGAUCUCCUAGAACUAUGUAAAAUAAAUGGUAUUUAUAUAUGAUAAUAUAGCCAAUCACUCAAGGUUGCUUCAACCUAAGAUGUUUUUUAAGAUAGAAAAAAAUCUCUUUAGAAUAACUUAUAAUUAAAUUUUUAAUAAAAUCAACUAAAUAGAUCAAUUUAAAAUACAUAUGUGCUUAGUUAAAUUGCAAAUGAUUAUGAUUCAAAAUAAGACUAUUUUUCUUAAGAUGAUGUUAGCGAUACUCUAUUCUAAAGAUACACUUAAUUAAAAUCUCAAAUCUUAUAAAUGUAUUUCUUAACCCAUAUUUAGACAUCAUUUGUAAAAUAUAGAGAAUCAAAAUCCAAAUAAUAAAAUAUGUGCCAGUUGA